AUGGCGCACAUCUCGGGCCUGGGGGCCUUCUUUAUUAUCGUCGCAUUCCUUAUUGUAGUAGGCGGCGCCGCAUGGCUCAUCUACACACAUCUGCGCGCUCGUCGGCUGGGCCUUCCUACACCAACUCUCGCAUCCUACAAUCCUUUUAAACGAUCGGAACAAUCGUACAGCGGACCAAGCGCUGCGCCGGGAGGAAUCGUGGGCUGGUUCAAGGGACUGACGAACAAGAACAAUCGGUCCGCGGGAGGAGCAUAUGAGGAGCCUCUGAGCAGUAAUGUAAGAGGACGCGCGAGUAACAGAGGCUUUGGUCCCUUGGAUCCCGAUGAUGCUUGGGAUGCACGCGUAGGAACGGAAGCGGAUGCAUAUGCUCCUGGGGGAUACUACGAGGAGCAAGAGCUUGGGCUUCAUGGUGCAGAUCACUCCCAUCUUGCGCCAACCCCAGGUCUAGUCUCUGAGAAUAGAGGGAGGAGUUUAAGUCGCGAUCCGGAACCUUAUAUUGGGGGAUCGCAGGCUGGGAUGGAUAGGAGAUAUGACGAGGAGAUGGGAAGGAAACCUGCUGCGAACCCAUUUGAUGAUGCUGCGGAACUGCCUAGCAAUGUCAGCUUGAGAGGAGUCAGUCCAAGGCCAAUCGAGACACAGGGGCACAAGGUGAAGGAUAGUGUUGAUAAUAGCCCUACGGAAAGAAGGUCGAUGUUCAGGGAGAACAUGUAG